AUGAGCGCCGCGGGUCUUGCACAGAGGAAGAACGGCCUCAACAAGAGAAAUGCCCUGGAGUCGGAGUUUGGCGAUUUUGGUAGACGUAACGGCCAACUCGAACAAGAAAACUCACCAGAUCCAGGAAAUUCAUCGAUGAAGAAACGGAAAACACAAUUGCCUCCAGAAGAAAAGAGAAGUGACGAGUCAGAAUCCGAUAAAGUUGAACUCAGUUUACAAUCGGACGAAAAAACAACGCAAUAUAAGAUGGAACAGAUCAAUGAGACGAUCCACGCGACGGGCAGUAAUCUGCCCGCUUUGAAUGUAGUGGAGAAGGACAUGGGCAAGAACAUGAAUGAGUCCACGACUUCCACUGCUGGAAAUGGAGGCAAUACCAGCGCAGCAGGCAGUACCAUGAUUCGCGAUGAAGAUAACGCUGAAACGGGUCGAUUGUAUUUUCGGGCCUAUUCUAUGCACAAAGCCCAGUUGAACAUGGUCAUCGACUACGUGCGCACCGAGUGUUAU